AUGACAGAUUCAUCAUCGUCUUCCUUCUUUUCUGAUUUUGGGCUGCUGUUAUAUUUGGAAGAGCUAAACAAAGAGGAAUUAAAUAAGUUCAAGUUAUUUCUAAAGGAGACCAUGGAACCUUGGCACUGCCUAAUACCCUGGACUGAAGUGAAGAGGGCCAGGCUGGAGGAUCUGGCUAACUUGAUGCAGAAAUAUUAUCCAGGAGAGCAGGCCUGGGAUGUGACUCUCCAAAUCUUCGGCAAAAUGAACCUGAAGGGUCUGUGUGAGAGAGCAAAAGCAGAAAUCAAUUGGGUGGCCCAGACCAUGGAACCAGAGGAUGUCAAGGCUGGAGAGGCACAAGGAGGUCAGGAGGCAGUGCUGGAUGAUAGAACAGAAUACUUGUACAAAAUUCGAAUAAAGGAAAAAUUUUGCAUUAUAUUGGAUAAGAACUCUUUGCUUAGCGAAUCUGAAGAUUUCCAUCAUGAAAUUGCUCAGGAAGAUCGAAAACUUUUGGAACAUUUGUUCGAUGUGGAUGUCAGAACUGGUAAGCAGCCACAGACAGUGGUGCUUCAGGGAGCUGCUGGAGUUGGGAAAACAACCUUGGUGAGAAAGGCGAUGUUAUAUUGGGCAGAGGGCAAUCUCUAUCAGCAGAAGUUUACCUAUGUCUUUUUUCUCAAUGGGAAAGAAAUUAACCAGCUGAAAGAGAGAAGCUUUGUUCAAUUGAUAUCAAAGGACUGGCCCACCACAGAAAGCCCCAUUGAAAGGAUCAUGUCCCAGCCAAGUAGUCUCCUUUUUAUUAUUGAUAGUUUUGAUGAUCUGAACUUCGCCUUUGAGGAACCAGAGUUCGCACUAUGCAAAGACUGGACCCAGCAACACCCAGUGUCCUUCCUCAUGAGUAGUUUGCUGAGGAAAGUGAUGCUCCCCAACUCGUGCUUAUUGGUGACAACAAGACUCACAGCUUCCAAGAGACUAAAGCCUUUGUUGAAGAGUCAGCAUUAUGUAGAGUUGCGAGGAAUGUCUGAGGUUGCAAGAGAGAAGUAUAUUUACCAGUUUUUUGAAGACAAGAAGUGGGCCAUGAAAGCAAUCAGUUCACUUAGAAACAAUGAGACGCUUUUUAGCAUGUGCCAAGUCCCCCUAGUGUGCCGGGUCAUUUGUACUUGUCUGAAGCAGCAAAUGAAGAAGGGUGGUGAUGUCACAUUGACUUGCCAAACGACCACAGCUCUGUAUACCUGCUAUAUCUCUAGCUUGCUCACAUCGAAAGAUGGACGCUGCCCUAGUCUACCUAACCAAGCCCAACUGAGGAGCCUGUGUCAUUUGGCUGCCAUAGGAGUAUGGACUAUGACAUAUGUGUUUUACAGGGAAAAUCUCAGAAAGCAUGGGUUAACUAAAUCUGAUGUCUCAAUUUUUCUGGACAUGAAUAUACUUCAGAAGGACAUAGAGUAUGAAAACUGCUAUGUAUUCACCCACCUACAUGUUCAGGAGUUCUUUGCAGCUAUGUUCUAUAUGUUGAAAGGCAAAUGGGAAGCCAGGGGUGAUUCUUUCCAGUCUUUUGAAGACGUGAAGCUGUUACUUGAAAGCAAAAGUUAUAAAGACACCCAUUUGAUGCAGAUGAAAUGCUUUUUGUUUGGUCUUUUGAAUGAAGAUCGAGCAAAACAACUGGAGAAAGCAUUUAACUGUGAAAUGUCACUGGAGAUAAAAUGGAAUUUACUUCAGUGGAUGGAAGUAUUAGGAAACAGUGAAUAUUCUCUAUCACAACCAGGAUUUCUAGAGUUGUUUCACUAUCUGUAUGAGACUCAAGAUGAAACAUUUAUAAGCCAGGCAAUGAGAUGUUUCCCAAGGGUUGUCAUUAAUAUUUGUAGGAAAAUCCAUCUGCUUGUAUCUUCGUUCUGUCUUAAGCACUACCAGUGUUUGCAGACCAUUAAACUGUCUAUAACUGUGGCAUUUGAGAAGAUGUUAAACACAAGCCCAACAGCUGAAACUUGGGAUGAGGAUCUUAUGACUCAUUGCUGGCAAGAUCUCUGUUCUGUGUUUCAUACCAAUGAACACUUGAGGGAAUUGGACCUGUGCCAUAGUAACCUUGACGAAACAGCAAUGAAGAUUUUUUUCCAAGAACUAAGGCACCCAAACUGUAAACUACAAAAACUACUGUUGAGAUUUGUCUCUUUCCCUGAUGGUUGUCAGGAUAUCUCUAGUUCUUUGGUUCACAACCAGAAUCUGAUGCAUCUUGACCUGAAAGGGAGUAACAUAGGAGACAGUGGAGUAAAGUCAUUAUGUGAAGCCUUGAAACACCCAGAGUGUAAGCUACAGAAUCUGAGGUUGGAGUCCUGUGACCUGACUGCAGUUUGUUGUCUAAAUAUAUCAAAGGCUCUCAUCAGAAGCCAGAGCCUGAUAUUUCUGGAUUUGUCAACCAAUAAUCUAUUAGAUGAUGGAGUGAACCUAUUAUGUGAGGCCUUAAGACAUCCAGAGUGUUACCUAGAGAGGCUGUCCUUAGAAAGCUGUGGCCUCACAGAAGCUGGUUGUGAGGAUCUUUCUUUGGCUCUCAUGAGCAAUAAAAGGCUGACACAUUUAUGCUUGGCAGACAACGCUUUGGGAGAUGGUGGAGUAAAGUUUAUGAGUGAGGCCUUGAAACAUCCACAGUGUACUCUACAGAGCCUUGUGCUGAGGCGUGGCCAUUUUACUUCACUUAGCAGUGAACAUCUCUCAGCUUCUCUUCUGCGCAACAAGAGCCUGACACACCUGGAUCUGGGAUCAAACUGGCUACAAGAUGAUGGAGUAAAGCUGCUGUGUGAUGUUCUUCGGCAUCCAAGCUGUAGUCUUCAGGACUUGGAAUUGAUGGGCUGUGUUCUCACUAGUGCAUGUUGUCUGGAUCUGGCUUCUGCUAUUUUGAGCAACCCAAACCUGUGGAGUCUGGACCUUGGGAACAAUGACUUGCAGGAUGAUGGAGUGAAAAUUCUGUGUGGUGCUUUGAAACAUCCAAACUGUAACAUUCAGAGGCUUGGUUUGGAAUACUGUGGUUUGACUUCUCUCUGUUGUCAGGAUCUCUCGUCUACUCUUAGCAGCAACCAAAGACUGAUAAAAAUGAACCUGACACAGAAUACCUUAGGGUAUGAAGGAAUUAUGAAAUUAUGUGAAGUCUUGAAGUCUCCCGAAUGUAAACUACAAGUUCUAGGGUUGUACAAAGAGGCCUUUGAUGAGAAAGCCCAGAAGCUGCUGGAAGCUGUGGGAGCUAGCAAUCCACAUUUAGUCAUUACGCCCAAUUGCAGUGAUCAUAAUGAAGAAGACGGGUCCUGGUGGCGGUGUUUCUGA